AUGGCUUUUCUAAAAUCUUCAUACAUUCAUAUCCCACUGAAAAUCAUUUGUAUCAACCAUACAAGAGAAGCACAAGCUACAGAAAAUCACAGCCAACAGAGAAUACUUAACGCGAAGAGAUAUUUUCCCACCGUCAACCACGAGCCUAGCCCCCGACACUACCCAGUAACCCGGCAAGUCUUGUGCCCCUCUCGUCAUCUCUUUCGUGUCCACAAACCUCAAGAGCUUAAGCGUCUGGGCAGGCAUUGGGGGACCUUCCUGAUACAAAGCCGAGUUCACGUUCACAUCCGAUGGGUUCGGACCAAGCUUCUGCCCUGUCGAGAAAUUUCCGCUGAACAAAGACGAAAUGAGGCCCGAUUUUUGAGUCAGGGCGUGGGACCCAUCCCACUCGGGCUUCUUCACAGCUGUGGCGCCCUCGACUCGAGAGAAGUGGAGGCGCAGAAAGAGGACAUUCUUUGCGCCCGAGUCCUUCACUUCGAAGUGGGCCCCAGUGACUAUGGAGAUGCAUACGUGCGAGAAGCUCCUCCAGUGGACCUUCUCGAAGUAUUUGCGUUCGGAGGAGUGGUUUUCUUCGCCACGUGGCGCGUUUUGGAGGCGGAAGCUUUGAGGGGAGGAGGAGAGGUGCUGCAAGUGGAUUGCCAGGCAGUUGCUUCGUUUUCCUUCCAGGUAGAGGCGCAAGCCGGUCACGGUGCCUUGCUGCUUUCUGUCAGGGCCAAUAGGGACGUCACCGAAUACUGGUGCCCAUUGCCUUGGAAGUUGAAAUUCCAAAAACUGAUGAAGUUCUUCUAUAGGUGGCUUAUCUGCAGGUGGCAGAGAACAUUUCGCAUUCAAUAA